UUAAAGAUGUAUAAUUUGCUUCGGGGGUUGAGCACAUAUCUAAAAUGGCAGGACAUAAAGACCGACUCAAUGGUGUUUCGGAUGCACAACAUCUUCACCACGGUGUUGCUCCUCAUGUGCUCGAUGAUUAUAACCGCAACCCAGUACGUCGGUAAUCCGAUAUCCUGUAUUGUCGGUAAGGAUCUGCCGAACAAUGUUGUUAAUACUUUCUGCUGGAUUACUUCUACGUUUACCAUGCCUGAUGCGUUUAAUCGUCAGGCGAUGUUUUGUUACCUUCCGCACUGGCUGUGGGGUCUUUGGGAAGGUGGACUCGCGAGCAAUCUAGUUAUGGGUCUCAAUCAUGGACUAGAUACUAAGGAAACGAUAUGCAAAAAGAAAAACACGUUGAUGGACUAUUUGGUGACUCACAUCAAGAGCCACAACAUGUACGUGUACCGUUACUUCAUCUGCGAAGUAUUGUGUGUAAUAAACAUCUUUGUCCAAUUAUAUCUAAUGAAUCGUUUCUUUGACGGAGAAUUUAUGAGCUAUGGUCUGCGAGUGCUGCAAUUCUCGGACACACCGCAAGAAGAACGAGUUGACCCGAUGGUCUACGUAUUCCCGCGAGUAACCAAGUGCAUUUUCCACAAGUACGGAGCCUCUGGAACGAUCCAGACCCACGAUUCGCUCUGCAUCCUGCCGUUGAAUAUCGUCAACGAGAAAACUUACAUCUUCAUCUGGUUCUGGUACAUAAUCCUCUCGAUCUUCUUGGUCGGGCUGAUGAUUUACCGCGCCGGGCUCAUUUUCAUGCCCUCAGUUCGCCCCUACGUACUCAAGUACUCCGGAAGAUUGCUGUCGAUCGAGACCUGCUCGAACAUCAGCAAAAAAUUGGACCUCGGGGACUGGUGGCUGCUCUACAUUUUGCAAUCAAACAUGGACUCGCUUGUUUAUCGCGAGUUGCUCGAAGAGCUCACUAAGAAAGUCGGCAGCCAUAUAUCGCAGCCAGUUAAUCAAUAG